AUGCUUGCCAACGCCUCGUUCAUGCCUUCUGGACAAGGAGGCCUAGUUUCACUCUUGUUUGGACUGGUCUUGCCAAUAGUGAUCAUAUUGACUUUCUGGUACGGCACCAACUCUGACCGCGAUGACAUUCCGCCUUUACUCACGCAGCUGCUGCCGGCUGGACAUGCGGCGUGCAAGAGUUCGACGACUUUUGAGUGCUCGAGCUGCUUGACCCCGGUGAUGGCAUAUGUCAAUCAGACGGAAAGUGAUCUCUGGACAUAUGAGUAUGCUCGGGAUGCGGGUAACGAAGGGUUAUCUGAUACUCAGUGCGCCUCGGCCUUUCCGGGGUUGUUUGAGGAUGUUGAUCAAGGUGUUGCAUACUGGAAGAAGAACGAGAUGGUCCCCGCUGUGACAUUGAACGCUAUCCAGCUGGAGAAUGGCAUGACCAGAGCUUUGAUCUACGAGGGGCAUUUGUAUAUCAUCGUCGCAGUCUUGAGCGCUAUGCAUCGCGCUCUGGCAGCUGCGCACGACAAGGCGUCGAUACCAGAUAUCGAAUUUGUCUUCUCCGUUGAAGACAAAGCUUCAGAUGUGACAGGGGGCCACAUGCAGCCGCUCUGGGUCGUUGCUCGCAAAGCUGAUGAGCAAUCCUUCUUCCUCGUCCCGGAUUUUGGACUCUGGGCAUGGGAUAAUAUCAUCACAGGCGAGAAUAACGAGAUCGGACCCUACGAUGAAAUCGUUGAGAAGGCUUUGGCGAUCGAGAAGAAUACGCCCUUCACGAGUAAGAUACCACAACUCGUAUGGCGCGGCAAACUCAGCUUCGCGCCCAAGCUGCGGCGAGGUCUUCUGGACGCUAGUCGUGACAGGGAAUGGAGCGAUGUCAAGGAGCUGAACUGGGACGUCCGGGAGAACUACUUGACACUGGAGGAUCACUACAAGUACCAAUUCAUCGCGCACGUGGAAGGGCGAUCUUACUCUGCGUCGCUGAAGUAUCGACAAGCCUGCAAUUCUGUGGUCGUAGCGCACAAGCUGUCGUACAUCCAGCACCAUCACUACCUCCUGGUAUCAAGCGGGCCACAACAGAACUACGUCGAAGUGGAGCGAGAUUUCUCGGAUCUGGAUGUGAAGAUGCGGGAUUUACUGGACCAUCCUGAGAAAGCGGAAAUGAUUGCGCAUAACAGUGUGAGGACUUUCCGUGAAAGGGACUUGACCGAUGCGGCGGAGGCUUGUUAUUGGCGAGCGCUGUGGAGAGGGUAUGGAACGGUCUCUGAGCCGGCGAGGUUGUGGCAUGAAGCGGUGACGGGACAGAGGGUCAAGCGCGGGAUGAGGUAUGAGACGUUUAUACUGCUGUCGAGUGAGAGAUGCUGGACUUUAAGGCUGGGUGAUCACUUACUAAGGAAGACUGAGAGAAGAUCACGAGUAGCAUGA